AUGGCUGUCAUCAGCAACGCGCCCAAGACUGCGGCUCAGGAGCGUACUGAGCUCGCUUUCGAGAACCGCUGGAAGACACUCAAAAGCAAUCCCAAGAUUAUCGUCAUUGCUCUAUUCGCAUCCUUUGGAGGCUUUGAAUAUGGUUAUCAGCAGGGUGUUCUCGGGCAAUCCUUUGUCAUGACGCGAUUCAUUGACAACUUCCCCACUGUUGUUGAAUCGUCCAGCGCCAAGGGCUGGUUGACCUCUGUCCUUCAACUUGGGGGUAUUCUCGGCUCUGUGACAGCUGGAAUCUUUGGCGAGGUCUUUUCCCGCAAGUACACCAUGUUUUCGGCCUGUCUUUGGGUCAUCCUUGGUAGCUUCCUCUACACGGGGGCGUCCUUCCACAAGCCCGAGAUGCUAUAUGCCGGCCGUUUCUUUACCGGUAUCGGCGUCGGAACCUUCAGCGGUGUUGGACCCCUUUAUAAUGCUGAGCUCUCUGCUCCUGAGCUCCGUGGUUUCAUCGUGUCGUUCUACCAGUUUUGCACCAUUCUCGGCAUCAUGCUCUCGUUUUGGGUUGGCUAUGGCAGCAACUACAUUGGCGGAAUUGGCGAAGGUCAGACUGAUCUCGCGUGGCGCCUCCCUUCGUACAUCCAGGGAGUUCCCGCUGUCCUCUUGGCCGUCGGUAUCUGGUGGCUUCCUUUCUCUCCUCGCUGGCUCGCCAAGCAGGGCCGCGACGAAGAGGCUCUCAAGACUCUCUCCUACCUUCGCAACCUACCCGAGAGCGAUGAGCUUGUUCAGACGGAGCUGAAGGAAAUUCAGGCUGAAGUUCUAUUCGAGCAGCGCGUUUUUCAGAAGAACUUCCCGGGUCUCGCCGAGAAGAACACCAACGUGCUUCGCAGGGAGAUGGCACAGUACUGGCAGAUCCUGCGGAACUGGGACCACUUCAAGCGAGUCGCCACGGCAUGGCUCGUCAUGUUCUUCCAGCAAUGGAGCGGCAUCGAUGCCAUCAUUUACUACUCUGCGGAUGUUUUCCAGAGCCUCGGCCUGACUGGCGGGACCCUGGCUCUCCUCGCAAGCGGUGUGACGGGCGUCAUCUUCCUCAUCUCGACCAUUCCCGCCAUGCCACUCAUCGACAAGGUCGGUCGCAAGCCAAUGCUCAUUGUCGGUUCGAUCGUCAUGUGGAUCGCCAUGGUCAUCCCCGGCAUUAUCGACGCCAAGUUCAACGACAAGUGGGCCAGCAACCCUGUGGCCGGCUGGGUCGCCGUUGUCUUUGUGUGGAUCUACGUCGGCGCCUUUGGUGCUACCUGGGGACCUUGCUCGUGGGUUCUCAUCUCCGAGAUCUUUCCCCUGUCCAUCCGCUCCAAGGGCGUGUCUAUUGGCGCAUCGAGCAACUGGCUCAACAACUUUGCCGUGGCGUUUUAUGUGCCCGCCAUGUUCGCCGGCUGGGGGUGGGGAACGUACAUCUUCUUUGCGGUCUUCCUCGGCGGUGGCAUCAUUUGGGUUUGGUUCUGCCUGCCCGAGACGAAGGGUGUGACGCUGGAAGAGAUGGACAAGAUCUUCGGGAGCCGCACGGGGGCUGAGGACGCCAUUAUCCUCCAGCAGGCGCGUGCUGAUGUCGGCCUUGUAGAUGAGUACGUUGAGCACAGCGCCUCGGAGAAGAAUGCUGUGUGA